CUCCACCAAACAAGACUUAUAAUACAUUUCAUGUAGUUGUUUCCCCUUCAAAAUUGGGAUUACUUUAUUUGACUACUUUAGGUUUUCAUUCCUAUCUUCAGUUUUAUUUGAUUCCACAUGACAUGCGGUUUCUACAUCCUUUCCAAAAUUAGAAGGCACUAGAUUUAGCUUCUAUAUUCUCUAUAAUUUUUCUGCAAAUUUGUCAUUGCGAUAUCAUUCUGGAUUAAGAGUUUCGAUUUCAAUCGUUUUAUCGUUCGAACGAACGUUGAACAGUGCGGUGAGAUGGCGAAUUUCAAGGUUUUCGUUGGGUAUGAUCCACGCGAAGACAUCGCUUAUGAGGUUUGUCGCCACUCCAUCUUGAAGAAAGCUUCGAUCCCAGUUGAAAUCAUACCCAUCAAGCAAUCAGAAUUGAGAAAAAAUGGGUUGUAUUGGCGUGAAAAGGACCAGUACGAGAGCACGGAAUUCUCGUUUUCGAGGUUCUUGACUCCAAAAUUGGCCAACUACGAAGGCUGGGCAAUGUUUGUGGACUGUGAUUUCCUCUACCUUGCAGAUAUCAAAGAGCUGAGAGAUUUGAUCGAUGAGAAGUAUGCUGUGAUGUGUGUGCAACAUGAAUAUGUUCCAAAGGAGGCAACGAAAAUGGAUGGGGCGGUGCAAACAGUGUACCCCAGAAAGAAUUGGUCUUCGAUGGUGUUAUACAAUUGUGGGCAUCCGAAGAACAGUGUUCUGACUCCUGAAGUUGUGAACACAGAAACAGGGGCUUUUCUGCACAGGUUUCAGUGGCUGCAAGAUGAUGAAAUUGGGUCGAUUCCUUUUGUUUGGAACUUCCUUGAGGGGCAUAACAAGGUUGUCGAGAAUGACCCUAGCACUUUUCCGAAGGCUAUUCAUUAUACUCGUGGAGGACCAUGGUUUGAAGCUUGGAAGAAUUGUGCUUUCGCUGACCUCUGGCUGAAAGAAAGGGAUGAGUACCAGAACGAGGCCAAAAAAGCUAUCACAAAUUAAAUUAUCUGAUUUUAGGAUAAAUAUACUUAGAGAAUAUUUUUGGACAACAUGUGAACAUCGUGUCAUUAUGUGAUUGGUUCGUGGUAGUGUCAUUUGGACCAAUCACACAAUGACAGAUAUGAUUGAUGUUUAAAUAUUGUCAAAAAAUGUUGUGAUGGUAGUGUCAUUACUAUCUGAUUUAUGUGACGACAUUCAAUACAUUUGCAGAGACUGCUAUGUUUAAUGUCAUGGAUAUUAUUCAUCUUCAAUGUGUUGGUAGUCAAUGGUCACUCUUCAUUUCAAAUUGCAUGGUGAAGUUCCUUUAACUAUGAAAGUUAUGAGUAGUGGAGAAGCCAUUGGAACAGCCAUUGGUGCCGUUGUAUAUAAUUAGUAAUUUUUGUUUGUAUUAUAUAUUUAUCAAUGGGUCUAACAUACACUUAGACUAAUCAAUUGUAAACUUUGGUUUAUUUAG